CCAGCCGCUACUGCGCAUGCCCAAAAGAUCCCCCGAAUCAGGCCAGAGCAGCAGAGCGCCGAGGGCUCCAUAGCGUCCUGGCUGGAGUUGGUGUGCGCGCUCGGAGCGCAGAUUGUACGGCCUGCGGAGUUGCUGGCUGAGGCUGUAAUCAGAGGAGCAGCCGGACCCUGCUGUGUACGGAACAAAAUGACGUGCCACAAGACCCACACAUCCUAUCUCUUCUGUUGUCUGGUUUCUGCAGUAUUAGUAUUGUCCGCAGUGGCAGAAGACCAUGCACAUCCGAAAGUCGAAGAGGGGACACACACAGGCGGUCGUUUUGAUAAAAAUGUGGUACACGAUAAAGACCACAUAAUGGAACACUUGGAAGGAGUGGUUCAGAAGCCGGAGACAGAAAUGUCCCCUCAGGAGCUGCAGCUUCAUUAUUUCAAGAUGCACGACUAUGAUGGCAACAAUUUAUUAGACGGCCUUGAGUUGGCAACUGCGAUUUCCCAUGUGCAUAAAGAGGGGAAUGAUGACCACACCCAGACAUUAUCCGAAGAUGAGCUAAUAGUCAUGAUAGAUGGUGUUCUACGGGAUGACGAUUUCAAUAAUGACGGAUACAUUGAUUAUGCAGAGUUUGCUAAGUCGAUGCAAUAAAGACUUUUUUGCAGAUGGACGUUUUCUCUCCUAAAUGUGAAAGUUAUACACUGUUCAUGUUUCUGUGGGGAUAUAUUUUGCUGUACGUCACAGUCGCUUAUAUGUUGUUUUGGGUUCACAGUUGUGAUUUCCUAUGGUCAUUGAUUAUUGGUCAAUUUAUACAGAUCAAUUCUACACCAAGUUCACCUUUAGACAAGUUGGGGCCAAUAGCUAUAAAA